UCCCUGGUGCUUCGUACUGGGAUGCAGCUAUCUGCCGUAGAGUGACCCAUCGUCCCAACGCGCGCGUUCGGACUCCGAUAAUGUAACAGAUGCACACCAAACUGGCAGGUAAACACCGGUUCCUAGAUGCUCGAAGCGGCAGAGUAGAAUAAUCUGGCUAAACCCGCCACGUACAACCCGACCUGCAACCAUGCCGCAGCUGCGGGGACUUAGCACCUCGUCUCCCAUGAUUCCCUCUCUGGUUGCGCUGCUACUUAUCACAGACAUGUCUCGUCUCUUUCUCUUUGGCUCUCUAUUCAGAAGUCAUCUUUUUCUAUUCAAAACCAAAUGCGGACAGCCCAAAGUCUCACUCCCAUCACCGCAACCAUACCACCGCAACCGAAUAUCACAGGUACUAGGCAACGCCCUGUCCAUGCGACGGGUCAGCCCGUUUCAAAAAGACUGUGAUUGACGUGGGCGAACGCGCCUGCAAACAUGCUACCGUAGCGGCAUACUCGUUUUCACCACUCAAGUGAAAGUAAGUCCUAUUGAGCCUUAUUGAAGCUUGAGACACGCGUCCGUUCUAUUGAGGAUUUCCAUAUACUCAGUAUCGACAGGAGUGAUGGGAUUUUCGAGGCUACCUGCCGCUUGCCAGUUUCUUCAUUUGCUUUUCUUU